CCGUGGGCGCCUGAGCCCGCGCGGCCCUCGAGGGCCGAACAUGGGGGUGCGCACGGUGAAGCCUCAGCUGCUGCUCCUGGCGCUCGUCCUCCACCCCUGGAAUCCCUAUCUGGGUGCAGACUCGGAGAAGCCCUCGAGCAUCCCCACAGAUAAAUUAUUAGUCAUAACUGUAGCAACCAAAGAAAGUGAUGGAUUCCAUCGAUUUAUGCAGUCAGCCAAAUAUUUCAAUUAUACUGUGAAGGUCCUUGGUCAAGGAGAAGAAUGGAGAGGUGGUGAUGGAAUUAAUAGUAUUGGAGGGGGCCAGAAAGUGAGAUUAAUGAAAGAAGUCAUGGAACACUAUGCUGAUCAAGAUGAUCUGGUUGUCAUGUUUACUGAAUGCUUUGAUGUCAUAUUUGCUGGUGGUCCAGAAGAAGUUCUAAAAAAAUUCCAAAAGGCAAACCACAAAGUGGUCUUUGCAGCAGAUGGAAUUCUGUGGCCAGAUAAAAGACUAGCAGACAAAUAUCCUGUUGUGCACAUUGGGAAACGCUAUCUGAAUUCAGGAGGAUUUAUUGGCUAUGCUCCAUAUAUCAACCGUAUAGUUCAACAAUGGAAUCUCCAGGAUAAUGAUGAUGAUCAGCUCUUUUACACGAAAAUUUACAUUGAUCCACUGAAAAGGGAAGCUAUUAACAUCACAUUGGAUCACAAAUGCAAAAUUUUCCAGACCUUAAAUGGAGCUGUAGAUGAAGUUGUUUUAAAAUUUGAAAAUGGCAAAGCCAGAGCUAAGAAUACAUUUUAUGAGACAUUACCAGUGGCAAUUAAUGGAAAUGGACCCACCAAAAUUCUCCUGAAUUAUUUUGGAAACUAUGUACCCAAUUCAUGGACACAGGAUAAUGGCUGCACUCUUUGUGAAUUUGAUACGAUCGACUUGUCUGCAGUAGAUGUCCAUCCAAACGUAACAAUAGGUGUUUUUAUUGAGCAACCAACACCUUUUCUACCUCGUUUUCUGGACAUAUUGUUGACACUGGAUUACCCAAAAGAAGCACUUAAACUUUUUAUUCAUAACAAAGAAGUUUAUCAUGAAAAGGACAUCAAGGUAUUUUUUGAUAAAGCUAAGCAUGAAAUCAAAACUAUAAAAAUAGUAGGACCAGAAGAAAAUCUAAGUCAAGCAGAAGCCAGAAACAUGGGAAUGGACUUUUGCCGUCAGGAUGAAAAGUGUGAUUAUUACUUUAGUGUGGAUGCAGAUGUUGUUUUGACAAAUCCAAGGACUUUAAAAAUUUUGAUUGAACAAAACAGAAAGAUCAUUGCUCCUCUUGUAACUCGUCAUGGAAAGCUGUGGUCCAAUUUCUGGGGAGCAUUGAGUCCUGAUGGAUACUAUGCACGAUCUGAAGAUUAUGUGGAUAUUGUUCAAGGGAAUAGAGUAGGAGUAUGGAAUGUACCAUACAUGGCUAAUGUGUACUUAAUUAAAGGAAAAACACUCCGAUUAGAGAUGAAUGAAAGGAAUUAUUUUGUUCGUGAUAAACUGGAUCCUGAUAUGGCUCUUUGCCGAAAUGCUAGAGAAAUGACUUUACAAAGGGAAAAAGACUCCCCCACUCCGGAAACAUUCCAAAUGCUCAGCCCCCCAAAGGGUGUGUUUAUGUACAUUUCUAAUAGACAUGAAUUUGGAAGGCUAUUAUCCACUGCUAAUUACAAUACUUCUCAUUAUAACAAUGACCUCUGGCAGAUUUUUGAAAAUCCUGUGGACUGGAAGGAAAAGUAUAUAAACCGUGAUUAUUCAAAGAUUUUCACUGAAAAUAUAGUUGAACAGCCCUGUCCAGAUGUCUUUUGGUUCCCCAUAUUUUCUGAAAAAGCCUGUGAUGAAUUGGUAGAAGAAAUGGAACAUUACGGCAAAUGGUCUGGGGGAAAACAUCAUGAUAGCCGUAUAUCUGGUGGUUAUGAAAAUGUCCCAACUGAUGAUAUCCACAUGAAGCAAGUUGAUCUGGAGAAUGUAUGGCUUCAUUUUAUCCGGGAGUUCAUUGCACCAGUUACACUGAAGGUCUUUGCAGGCUACUAUACGAAGGGAUUUGCACUACUGAAUUUUGUAGUAAAAUAUUCCCCUGAAAGACAGCGUUCUCUUCGUCCUCAUCAUGAUGCUUCUACAUUUACCAUAAACAUUGCGCUUAAUAAUGUGGGAGAAGACUUUCAGGGAGGUGGUUGCAAAUUUCUAAGGUACAAUUGCUCUAUUGAAUCACCACGAAAAGGCUGGAGCUUCAUGCAUCCUGGGAGACUCACACAUUUGCAUGAAGGACUUCCUGUUAAAAAUGGAACAAGAUACAUUGCAGUGUCUUUUAUAGAUCCCUAAGUUAUUUACUUUUCAUUGAAUUGAAAUUUCUUGUGGACGAAUGACUGGCAUGAACACGUCUUUGAAGUUGUGUCUGAGAAUAUGAGAGGAAUAUUUAAAUAGCGUCAACAGAACAACUUCACUUUGGGCCAAACAUUUGAAAAACUUUUUAUAAAAAUUGUUUGAUAUUUCUUAAUGUCUGCUCUGAGCCUUAAAACACAGGUUGAAGAAGAAAAGAAAGAAAAAACUUAAAUAUUUAUUUCUAUGCUUUGUUGCCUCUGAGAAUAAUGACAAUUUAUGAAUUUGUGUUUCAAGUUGAUAAAGUAUUUAGGUACAAAUGACAA